CGACUAUACCAAGGUACUCUUGAAUCAGGAUCCACAAGACUAGCUUAACUCAACUCUGAUUGAUCGCAACUUGGAACUCGCAACCCUUCCCCGCUUAACCCAAACUUGUACAUCUAUACAAGCGACCGCAAGAUAAGAGCAGCCGUAGAAAAAGUAACUCUAUAUAAAAAGAGUUAUACUAAGGGUCAAUCAUGGCUCCGGUCGUUGCCCGUCUGGUUUCUGAAAGCAAACCAUAUCUCGUUCCAGGCAAGAUCCUCGUAAAGGAAUUAUGGUUCGAGGUCCCAUUUGAUCACUCCAACCCAAAUUCGAAACCCAUUAGACUCUUUGCAAGAAGUGGCAUCAAGUAUGUGCGACCUAUCGUCGAAACAUCCGAGGUCGAGCAAAGGCCUUAUCUUGUGUUCCUUCAAGGCGGCCCUGGUUUCGGUACAUCUUCGCCUCAAGACUCCCCUAUAUCAUCUUACUUUCUCGAAAGGGGCUACGAGUUGCUCUUCUUAGACCAACGUGGCACUGGACUCAGCAGCACCAUCGCCGCUAAUACCCUUGAGCGCAUCGGUGGUCCUCAGGAGCAAGCCGAUUACCUCAAGUUCUUCAGAGCUGAUACCCUCGUCAAGGAUAGCGAAGCUGUCCGUCUCUGUCUAACUAAAGAUUACCCGCCCGAGAAGAAAAAAUGGUCUACCUUCGGCCAAUCUUUCGGCGGUAUGAUGACCUUGACCUAUCUCUCUUUCGCCUCGGAAGGCCUCCGGGAAUCCUUCAUCACAGGCGGACUCGCCGCCUUGGAUAAAGGUCCUGCAGAUGUGUAUGCGGCCACAUAUAAGAGGUGUAUAGAACGAAACAACGCCUACUACAAGAAGUUCCCGGAAGACAUUGCUACCGUCAAAUGGGUCGCGGGGAAGAUCCAGGAGCUUGGCGGCGAGAAGGGAAUCCCGCUGCCUACUGGUAGUUUUCUGACAGUUCAACGGUUAAUGACCGUUGGUCUCAAUUUCGGCGCUCACGGGGGUAUUGACCGGGUUCACAAUUACAUAGUGAGGAUGAAGGCGGACUUAGAUCAAUUCGGCGCGUUCACCCGCUACACCUUGAAUGAAUUGGAACAAGACGGCGCCUGGGAUAUUGCCCCUAUCUACACCCUACUACAUGAGCCGUGUUGGUGCUUCGGCCCAGGCGUAGCCGGAAAAUGGGCAGCAGAGCGAGUCGGUCAGGGCUUAGAAGAGUAUCAGUGGCUUCAAAAGGACUGGGCUGGGCCCGCAAGCCUAGGUGACAAGCCGCUAUAUUUCUCCGGCGAGAUGAUAUACCCAUUCCUUUUCGACACGUGCUCCGAGCUCGUGAAGCUGAAGAAAACAGCGCAAAUCCUUGCCGAGUACGAUGGGUGGGCGCCGCUGUAUGACAUACCGCAGUUGGCGAAGAACGAAGUCCCCGUUUAUGCAGCAUGCUACAACGACAUGUACGUCGAUUCCGACCUAGCGAGGGUAACGGCCUCCAGAAUCAAGGGAAUCAAGGUUUUCGAGACAAAUGUUCUGUACCAUAACGGCAUACGCGCGCACCCGGAAGACGUGAUCCCGCAACUACUCAAGCUGCGUGACGACACCAUAGAUUAACCCAGUCUAUAACUUGUGGUAUUCAUACCUAAAUAUCAAGCUAGCUUUUUAAAUCAGCCGUAGGAAGAGAGAACCGUAGCAAUUCGUUAAUGGAAGAUGAAACGCCACACCCCAAAUCCACCAGACUCACCCCAACAAUCC